AUGGAGAAUACUCUAAUUGAUCUAAGUGAAUAUUACAAUUCAGACUAUUCCAAAACAGAAUUUGAAUCUAGCAAUUCUGAGAUAGAGUCCAAAUCAAGUGAUUCUGAAGUAGUAGAUAUAUCUUCUCCAGUUAUAAGUAGAAUGAUACAAGAUAAUAGCAGAGCUAUAAAGAUAAUCAAAGCUAAAGUAGGAAUGCAGAAAAUUAAUUGUUAUCUCAAACCAGGAUUUCUCAGAAUCUCUAUAUAUACUGAUAAACUCCUCAAGAAAAUAGAUGGUAAAAUUAAUAGAAAGUUAACUCCUGAAGAAAAAGAUAGCAAAUUUAUCAGAGAAGAAGCCACAAUUCCACUUGGAUUGUUUUAUAGUCAAAAAUAUAAUGAUGAUGACCUCCAAAUGUAUAUACCUGAAAUUGUGACUGACACAGAAGAUAUCUGGAUAAGAACUAUAUUGCAUAUCAAAGAUCUUAAUGCCAAGAAAGGGGGAAGGGUUAUAGUAUCCAUCAAUAAAAAAGAUAUUCAUGAUUUAUACAAAUUACUUUCUGGGAAAUCGAAAGAUUCAGACACUUCCAAUUCAAAUACUUCUUUUAAUUCAAAUACUUUAAACAGUAAUUCAAGUAAUUCUUUCACAUCUAGUUCAGAAAUAGAAGUUACACAUACGCAUAAGACUAGAGCAAUAAAAAAAUGUCCUAUUCUCAAGCAUAAAGUAAAAGCCAAAAAAGUGACUAAAGCAGAGAACUCUAUCAUAUUAAAAAGACUUAUCUGUAAGUUAUCUUUUGAUAUCACUCGAAUUUCUGAAAUUAGGGAAAAGAAGAGACUCCAUAGACAAUCUGCACAAGAAGUAGAGGGUUCCAAAAAUUUUUUUGAUUUGUAUCUAAAAAUUUCAAAGGCAGAAGAACAAAACAAAAAUGCACAUCAUGACGUCAUAAAGAGCUAUUAUAAUUUUGAAGAGGAACUAGAGAAACGUCUCACUCAGUAUAGAGAAGCAAAUGAGAAGCAUGAGGCUCUAAAGAAGCUCUAUGAUGAAGUUAGAGAUCAGCUUCCUAAAGAGGUUACCAAAAAUGCUCUUCGAAAAAAAUAUAUUAAUUUUCCUCCCAUGACAACAACCUAUUUUGAUACGCCUUCCGAAGAAUGGAGCUUCAUCGGUUACUACAAACACCGUCGUAAUGAAAGCAACUUCACCUUUUCUUUCAGGAAGGAGUCGUUUUUACUCAAGAAAUAUCUUGAAUCCCACCAAGAAAAAAUACCAAGGGCCAAACAGUUGGCAGAAGCAUUUAAGAAUCAUCGACAGCAUAAUGAGGAAGUCAACAUUUUCUGGAACGAAAUCGAACAUACGUGUCUAGAGCAGGAAGGAACUUUGCGAACACUACGAUGUCAUGUCAAUAUAAGAAGUAAGACACAAGAUAUGAUGGAGAACAUGGCCGAGGAGACAGUAGAAGAAGCCGAGCUCAAGAAUGCAAGCAAGCGAUUACAUUCCGAGUUCUCGAGAUGUGAACAAAAUGAGAUCAGAACCUCCAAUAGAAUGUCCCCGAAUGAGAGCCGAUCCACAAUAAGAGAUUCAAAGAUAAUGUUGGAAGCUUUUGAUGAAAAUGUUGCGUCGGAUCUGAAAGAGAAAGCUCAACGAUCUACCACACCUUUUCUGCCGAAAAAACGUGCGCGCAACACACAGCAAGAGGCUGAAAAAGAUGUUACAGAUGAAGAUUUAGCGAAUUCAGUGAUUGAUGCCUCCAACACUUUCGGCAAAGUUGAAUUUCCGUCAUAUUAUAGUAAACUUAAAUCUAUCUGGAACAAUCAAGAUGCUACGAACUAUCAUGUUAUCGAUUUAGGGGAUAAAGAUACAUUAUAUCAGGUUCAUGACCUUUUAGAUGAGGAUGAGUUGAAAGCGUUGUUUAAAAGGUUAAUGUUGGAUGAUGAAGAUAUGCACAUAAAUGAAAAGGCACGUAAAUAUAUAGAGCUGUUUGAUCAGAUUAUGGAGGAAGAGAAUUUGGAAGAUAUUUGUGAUGACGAAGUUGUGGACGAAGUAGCUGGCAGUGAUCUUGUAGAUGAAAAUAAUGAAGAGACAAAAAAUAUGGAAGGAGAUAACGAAAAGUUUAACAAAUCAAUUGCUAAAAUGAAGGAAAUCGUGCACCAAUUAGAUGGCUUACCCGAAAAAUAUCACUACCUAUCCAAUACUUUUCCCAUGUCAGCACAAUAUUAUGAUCAAUCUAAAAUGUCUGAUAUGUUUAUUGUUAAGAGCGUAUCUAGUCACCUUGAUACUAUCAUAAAGAUGAAUGGUGCUAUGAAAAAUACCCCUGAACGUACAUGGACAGCUCACGUAUUAGCAUAUCUGUUUUUUGUUACAUUUUGUUUUAUCGACUCAUUACAUUAUUUUUCAUGUGAUCGAAGUAUUUCUACAAAAAUAGAUGUUCAAGAAAAUGGUUUUAAAGCUGAUGGUGUAUUGGAGUUUUUUGAGCGACCCAUGCAAAUUCCAUUGUUUUUGCUCGAGGUAUCGGAAGGUCCCAAUAAUCCGGACCCAGAUAAAAUUAAUGAAGAUAGGCAAAAGUUGAUGAAUGAGGGUGUUUUUGCCAUCAAUAAGUUUAUGACAAGAACGGGACUGCCAACGUGGGAAGUAUGUAGUACAUUGAAGGUUUUCUUGGCUCAAGGAUUUGCAUCUUCUACAAAAGAUAUUCCGCAACCUAUCGACUCACGGAGUGAGGGCACUAACGUGCCUGAAGAAAUGAUUAUUCCUGAUGAAAUAGAACAUAGCCCAGCGAAAUCUGAAUCUUUAACGGAACUUGAAGAAUCAGAGAUUCAAUGCUCUGCAUCACCCUCUGCAACCUCUUUACCACAAGAUGAUAUAUCCAAACAAAUUAAAGAGAUUGAUCGAGAUUCUGAUCUAUCAGAAGUCAAGAUACAGGUAAGUGUACCUGAUGACUCAUGGAGUAGAGAUGCUAUCGCAUCUAAAGAUUCCAACUAUAAAUACAAUUUUGAAGAUUCCUUUGAUAACAAUAAAGAUGAUUCACAGAGCGAGAAUGCUAAUGCAUCUAAAGAUAAUGAUAGGUUCUGUGGAUUUUUUGAUAAUGAUGAUAAAGAUUAUUAUUAUGAUUUAAAUACCAGUAAGACUUGUAUAAAAUCUGAAUAUCGUUAUUCAAUUCGUGCAUAUUAA